ACCAAUUCGUACAUCAGUGGAUGUUUAUAUCAGUCUGACAGUGGUCGAUUGUUAUUGUUUUGGGGUUACGAUUUUAAAAAAAUAGACUUUUUUGUUCCAUUUGCAACCAUAAAUAGCUAUACAAUUACACAGUAUAAGGCUAUUUGUUAUUAAAUCUUCCCAAUACCAAUAGUUAACAUCAUGUCUAGAAAUGUUAUAAAGUUAGAUGCAAAAAAAGUUAACUCUGAACUUUUUACAUUAACGUAUGGAGCUCUUGUAUCUCAGUUAUUAAAAGAUUAUGAAAAUGUAGAUGAUGUUAAUAAGCAAUUGGAAAGAAUGGGAUACAACAUGGGUAUUCGGUUAAUAGAAGAUUUUUUGGCACGUACAGGAUCUGGAAGGUGUUAUGACUUUAAGGACACUGCAGAAAAAAUCCAAAGUGGAUUCAAAAUAUUUUUAGGAAUCACUCCAAGCAUAACUAAUUGGAAUGUGGCUGGUGAUGAGUUCAGUCUAUGUUUUGAAACGAAUCCUAUGUCUGAAUUUGUGGAAUUACCAGACCAUUGCUUGAACUUGAAAUAUUGUAACCUUCUACCAGGAGUAUUGAGGGGUGCUUGCGAAAUGGUACAAAUGGAGAUUGCUGCUUGGUUUGUGCAAGAUCAAUUAAAAAAUGAUAGUGUCACUGAACUAAGAGUUAAAUUUAUCAAACGAUUAGAAGAUGCUAUACCAGCUGGUGAAGAUUAGAACUGAUUUUCAUAAUUAUUUUUAUCAACUGUAAAUUAGUUAGAUGUUAAGUCAUAAAUAUGGUGUCAGAUGAACUACA